GGAACUACUUUCAUGUCGGAUGGUACUCUAGCUAUCCCGUAAUCCUGGCCUAUAUUCAUUGAACGGCGUAGUGGAGCGGCAUCGUUUUGUGAAGCGCCCCGGAUUAUUCUUUCCCACGGCAAGUUUCGCUCGAUCAUUUGGAGCAAGUCGACAAGCCCUGACUAUCUUCGCAUAUACCUCGCCAUCCCAAAGGGAAAGUCAGCUACCGCAGCACGAAAGAGAAAGGAUACGUAACCAUGGGCGUGGAUAUCGAAGUCUUAAGUCCUGGAGACGGUCAAACCUACCCAAAAACCGGGCAAACAGUGGUUGUACAUUAUACAGGUACCCUUAACAAUGGGAAGAAAUUUGAUUCCAGCAGGGACCGUGGCAUACCGUUCAAGUUUAAAAUUGGACAGGGUGAGGUAAUUAAAGGCUGGGACCAAGGAGUCGCACAAAUGUGUGUCGGGCAGCGAGCCAAGCUAACCUGUUCUCCAGACUUUGCUUAUGGUAGCCGAGGCCAUCCUGGAAUUAUCCCACCAGAUGCUGUUCUCAUCUUUGAUGUGGAACUUUUGAAGGUAGAGCCUUGAAAUACCUCUUAGAGUGUACCAAACUUGACCAAACGCAUUUCAAUACAAGAAAAAAAGAAUCGCAUCAAAUCAUAUUAUGUUAAGUAGUUGGCACGAAUGGCACAUCCUACUCUAAUUGCCUUAAUUCAAUCGCUCGGAUAUUAAAAGCUAUAUUUGCAACUUUUGCAAAGUAAUAUAUGGAAGUGUUGCAAACGUUGUCGCCCGACCUCGCUACUAGAAACAACGUACAAUUUAUACAAUGUAUAAAUUGCAGAUCAAUAAUAUUCAAACAAUAUCGCAUAGUUGUUAGACUGUAAGGUCAUAUAUUAAUAUGUAGUUCGAUUACCUGCUCUCCAAGAGAUGCUACUUAACUCAUGUACUUGAUUUAAAACCGACUAAUCGUGUUCCUAUGAUGAGCGGUUGAAUAAAGGGACCCUCCAGAUAUUUGCAAAAUGUAACCUGUGUUCAUUCCAUUCACUACAUAUUUGAUCCUUCAAAUGUUUUGUACAAAGAUAUUCAAUAAAAAAAACACAAUUGGUAAUGUAA